CUGGAUAAGAAGGGUUAGUUUUUUUAAAGGUUUUUUAAAUGAAAUUCUAGAAAAAUUGUAUUUUCAGUUCCGCCGAAAGUUAUAGAUGUGACACCUGAAAAGCCCAAGGAUCCCAUUCCAAAGGCUGUGGAGAAACCAAAAGAGGCGGACAAGAAAUUGACACCUGAAAAGCCUGCCCCAAAGCCUGUGGAAAAACCGAAAGAACUGGACAAAAAGAGUAGGAAUUUUUUCGGAAGUUGCAAAAACUUGAACUAUGAUUUUUUUCAGAUGUAUCGAAAGUCCUAGCACCAGAAAAGCCGAAAGAAGUGCCCUCAAAACCUGUUGAGAAACCGAAAGAUGAUAAAAAGACGGAUCCAUUGAAAUCAGCAGUCGCGGAGCCAGUGAAACUCGAAUCACCGCGAAAAUAUGGGCCGGUGAAUAAACCGCAAGCCGAGGAGAACACUUUCCUUUCAAAGUAUUUGGUGCCUGCGCCAACGAUGGAAAUGAGUAGAGAGAAAGAGGAGCAGACAAAUGAGAUGGUUAAGAAGAGUGAGUUCAGAGGGAAAAAAUUGCGAAAAUUUUUGAAUUUUUUCCAGACGAUGAGAUUGCUAAAAAGACAGCCGACAAUUUGGAGAAACUCAAAGAAUCCAACGAAUAUCUGCGCAGCAAAUACAAUCUAAAAACCGAAGCCACUUGUGUUGAAACAGUGAAUGAAGAAGAAGCUCAACAAUCAUCAGGAUCAGCAAAACAACCAAUCAACAAUGAAAAAUAUCCGAUUGAGACUAAUGUGAAUGAUCGAAUUCGAGCCACAACAUUGUUGCGAGGUCAAAGUGGAUCAUCGAAAAAGAUUAGACGUGGAUCGAAAGAGGAUUGUGUGAAGAAUCCAGCUUCGAAUGAGAAACGAUUGAAAGUUGCGAGAGCUCUGAAAAAUGCGAAGGAUUUGAGUUUGAUGGAAAAUAAGAAGAAAGAGGAAACUCAAAAAGUCGGAAAGUAA